GGGAUACUAUCACGUGACUAUUGACUAUAUUGUAAAAUAAGUAAAUGUACUUAUUCUGUUAUUAAGUGUUUGUCGAAUUUUUGUUUAAAUAAAUUAUUUUUAAUUUAUAAUUAAAAGUACGAUAAUAUUUUUUCCACAAUGAUUUUGAUGCCAAAGGAUUCCGCAAAGUUUAUAAAUUUAUGUUCUAAAAAUGUUUUUGUUGAAAAUGAAGGAGUCAAAAAUGUUGCUUAUGCGGUUUUAAAAGGUCUUAAGGAUGAUAAAAUAAGUGUAAAUAAUUUUUCUCAAUGUCAAUUUCACCCUUCUCCUGAAGAUCCAAAAGCAGUUGAUUGGAUAUUUAUUUUGAAUACAUUAAAUUAUUCCUUUUGGAAUGAAAAAAAUUGUCCAAAAUGGACAGUUAAUAAUCAAACUGGAUAUUUUGCAUUAUGUGCUGCUAUUAAAAGAGCUAUAAAUGAGGGGAAACCUAUAGUUGAUCCCAAGUAUUAUUCUCAAAUAACGAGAUCCGAAGCUGAAUAUAUUUUUCGUGGCGAUACAGAAACUAGUAUUCCGCUGUUAGACGAAAGAGUAAAAUGCUUGCGAGAUGCUGGAAAAGUUUUAUUAGAAAAGUAUCAAGGUACUUUUGUUAACUGUGUCAAAUUGAGCUCUCACUCAGCUCAGAAUUUACUCAGAUGUAUAGUGAAGGAAUUCGAAUCUUACCAAGAUGAGGCAGACUAUAAAAUUCACAGAGUCAGUUUUUACAAGAGGGCUCAGAUACUGGUGGGCGAUAUUUGGGCCUGCUUCAAAGGAGAGGGGAUUGGCGAAUUCUGGGACAUAGAUUAUCUCACGAUGUUCGCCGAUUAUCGUAUUCCCCAAAUCCUCCUACAUUUUGGUGCUAUUCGUUACAGCAACACUCUCAUGAGUAAGCUAAAAUCUGAUAUAGAGUUAGAAAACGGUAGUGAUGAGGAAAUUGAAAUUCGUGGUUGCACGAUAGAAGUGAUCGAACGAGUCAAAUAUGAAGUGAAAGAUCUAAUCGAGCGUUGUCCUAAAGAGAAAAAGAAUCAAUUAAAAUCAAAUAUUAAUUCUAUUUUGAUCGAUCAUUUCCUGUGGAAUUAUCGGCGAGAACACGAAGUUGAAUUAGAAAUUGUACCGUAUCAUAAAACUAGAUGCAUAUAUUAUUGAAUACU